GCCUUUUUUUACGCUUCGCUUAAGAUAAGGGGAUUCUUGUCAGGAUCUGUUUUGGGCGACUGUUCGUAUUGCGGAGUGCAGCUCCCAGAGACACAUCAAAAGUACGAAAUGGUGAAUGUGCCUUGGGCUUCUGGAAACCUGGUUGUCGUGUGUCGGACACUAGCCCCUUUGUAGUCAUGUGGCGCCAGCUCCUGAAGAUUUCCCUGGUGCUGAGCUGUCCAGUAGAAGGUGGAGUCUGGCACCGCAAUGCCUAUGCCCACGUGCACUUGAAGUGUGCACCCCUCAGGCAGCCUUGAGCCCCGCGUCUCCCAUCUUCUCUCCUGGUGAAACUGCUUCAUGGCAAUCCCCAGCACUCUUGGGAGCCAGUGACCUUUGAGGAUGUGGCUGUGAAGUUCACCUCAGGCGAGUGGGCUUUGUUGGAUUCCAGUCAAAAGAAGCUCUACAGAGAUGUGAUGAAAGAGACGUUUUUAAACCUGACCUUCAUAGAGAAAGGACUAGAAGAAAAUGUUGAAGAGGACUACAAAGAUCUCUGCAGAAAUCUGGGAACUCAGGUGGUUGAGAAAGACUGUGGGUAUGAGUGUGAUAGUCAUUGUGAUGAAAUCCAGGAACCAAUUUCAGAAAAUAAAGACAUGCCUUCUGCAAUAAGAAUUUGUGAAAGCCAAGCAAAUGUAAGAAACAUCAUUGGUCAUUCAUCCUCACAUGUGUGUCCAAGAGACCAAACUAGAGUGAAACAGCCUGAAUAUAUGGAAGCUGUGGCAAAGGCUUUCAAACAUGAGAAACACUGGAAAUAUAUCAUUCAUUCUGAGUCACUUCAGGUACUUGAAACUUCUACAGAGAAAUCCCAUAAAAACCAACAAUGUAAUGAAGCCUGUAGGAGUCUCACUUCUGAUAAGCCUCAAGAGAGAACUCAAACCAAAGAUAAGUUCCGUGUGCGAGUCUUAAAGAGAUACAAAUAUGGCCAGAAAGAUAAAGGGAUCCAUACAGGAGUCAAACCAUUUGUGUGUAAGCAUUGCAAAGAAGCUUUCAUGGAUUCCAGUGACCUCAUCAAACACCAAAAAAGUCAUAUUGGAGACAAAAAUUACAUUUGUAAGCUCUGUGGGAAAACAUUUAAAUAUGCUUCAUGUUUUGAGAAACAUAAAGUAAGUCACAGAGGAGAGAAGCUUUAUGCAUGUAAGUAUUGUGGGAAAGGCUUUACCCGCUCCUAUGGUCGUAACGUCCAUGAAAGUAUUCACACUGGAGAGAAGCUUUAUACCUGUGAGCAUUGUGGAAAAAGCUUCACCAGUCUCACUUAUUUUAAAAUUCACGAAAGAAUUCACACUGGAGAAAAACCUUACACAUGUAAAUAUUGUGAUAAACCCUUUGCCAUUCUGAGUUCUCGUAAUGCUCAUGAAAGAGUUCACACUGCUGGGAAGGCUUAUAUAUGUAAGCAUUGUGGAAAAGCCUUCACCAGUUCUAGUUGGCGAAGUGUUCAUGAAAAGGGUCACACUGGAGAGAAGCCUUAUGCACUAAGUAUUGUGGAAAAACCUUCUUUGGAUCUAGUUCUCGUAACUGUCAUGAAAGAAUUCACACUGGGGAGAAAUCCUUUGUUUGUAAAACAUGUGGGAAAAUGUUCCUUCUCUCUCAUCAUCUUACCAGCCAUGAGCGAAUUCACACAGGAGAAAAACCGUAUGCAUGUGAGCUUUGUGGAAAAACCUUUACCAGUUCCAGGUGGCGUAAGACUCAUGAAAGAAGUCACAAUUUAAAGAAGCCUCAUUUUACAUGUAAGCAUUGUAGAAAGGCUUUCACCAGUUCAAAGCGCUGUGCUACUCAUGAAAGAACUCACACUAGAAAGAAGCUUUAUGCAUGUAAGCUUUGUGGGAAAACCUUCAC